UCACAGUCCCAGUCUCGUGAGAUGCUGGUGAGCAGGUCGGUUGUCUCUCGACGCUCUCCAGCCUCUCCCAAUAACCGCUCCUGAGCCCUUUUCACCGGCAAGAUGUUUUGUUGACUUGCCACCUCAAUGAAUAGCCAUAGGAGGCGAUACGGUGAGAAUAUUAUACCUGCUUGAGCUGUGAAGCAUUUCUGAGAUGCGCAAGUGAACAUCAAAUAAGUUCUCAUUUAGUGGAAAAUAGGUUCAAAGCUCUUUUCAUCACAAUUGAACGGAACUGUUGUGUGUUUUCUCAGUGGAUCAGAAAGGGUUGGUCCAUUAUUCUUUAUACUUCAAGUGUACGACGACAACUGGAGGAGACUCGAUGUGAAGCACAAAUCCAUGCGCUUCCAUAUACAAUGUGACAAUUCGAUAAUUGUGUUCCUACUAUUGGAAUAUACGCCAUUGAAAACGUUUUGGAUGUUUUUAGGGAAGCACUCACUAUUUUUCUGAGACAAGGCAGAAAGAGGGAAUGUAUUUAAUUUGAACUGAAAAAAAUACUCGGACUCAUACGAUUAUUUCUAGAAGUCCUUCUCGUGGAUCUACAAUGCGCCGAACGUGACGGAGGAAAAAUGAAAUGUUCCGAACUGAUCUCCUAAAUGGAAUUCAAACUCUGUAAUAACGUUUCAGAUGUUUUGGGGUUGCGAAUUUCCAACUGGUAUUCCUACUUUUUUACCAACUUGACAUACAGCAGUUGGUGAGGUGGAAUUAACAUCCAACUGGAGCACGGAAAGAAAACACCGUUAGCUUGCCCUGUCGAAAUGUGAAUAUUGCAACCUGCUCGAGCCCAGCUCACACUCAGAGUUGCCAAGGCUACAGAGCUCCUCUCGAACCAGCUAAACCGUAUUUCGGUUCCUAAGUUAUUUGGGCAAUUCCUCCGCAAUACAUCAGUUGUGUAGCUUAGCAUCUAAAUAUUGGUCAUACAUCUUGAUUUAACCGGAAUAAUGCGUCUGGAAACAUUAAGACGUUUUUCGACUCGUGGAUAUUGAUUUUUCCUCUAAGGUCUUUUUGACAAGCGAAUCGCCAGACGCCGCUAUUGUUCAGUGAGCCUGGACACACCUUUUUGAUGUCAGCCAAGACCUCUGCUAAGUUGCCAUGACGAGUGAGGAGUGUCCCGUUCCGCUUGGGGGCGUGUCCCCGGUGGGGGCGGGGCUCUGCGAGGAUUACGGCCCGGUUCAGGCUGAUGACAUCAUCGAGGAGGCGGGAGGGGCAGGCGAUGACAUCAGCAUCGGCAGUGACCUCAGCACGCUGGUGGUGCCGUUCCCUGAACUUGCACCUGUGGUGUUCUUCUGUCUCAAGCAGACCACCUGUCCCCGCAGCUGGUGCAUACACAUGGUGUCCAGCCCGUGGUUCGAGAGGAUCAGUAUCAUGGUGAUUCUGCUCAACUGUGUCACCCUGGGGAUGUACCAGCCCUGUGAGAACAUCGACUGCACUUCAGACCGCUGCCAGAUACUACAGGCGUUCGAUGCGUUCAUCUACAUCUUCUUUGCGUUGGAGAUGGUGGUGAAGAUGGUGGCGCUGGGAAUCUUCGGGAGACGCUGUUACCUUGGCGACACCUGGAACAGACUAGACUUCUUCAUCGUCAUGUCUGGGAUGGUGGAGUACUCGUUGGACCUGCAGAACAUCAACCUCUCAGCCAUCAGGACAGUCAGGGUCCUCAGACCCCUCAAAGCCAUCAACAGAGUACCCAGUAUGCGUAUCCUGGUGAAUCUCCUCCUGGACACACUGCCCAUGCUGGGAAACGUCCUCCUGCUUUGUUUCUUCGUCUUCUUCAUCUUCGGCAUCAUCGGAGUGCAGCUGUGGGCGGGAUUACUGAGGAACCGAUGCUACCUCGAGGAAAACUUCACCCUUUCGUCAGGUCUGACCCUACCCGCCCCUUACUACCAGCCGGAGGAGGAUGACGAGCGCCCCUUCAUCUGCUCUCUGGCCCAGGAUAACGGGAUCAUGUCGUGUGGUGACGUCCCGGCCCGGAGGGAGGGGGGAAGGACCUGCUGUCUGGACAGGGAGGAUGCCUACCACCGCCAGUCCCUGGGGCUCAUCCCUGAACCACUAGUCAACAGUUCCGCCAGUGCAGUGGGUCUCUGUAUCAACUGGAACCAGUACUAUACUAGAUGUCAUACUGGACAUAAUAAUCCACACAAGGGGGCGAUCAACUUCGAUAACAUCGUAUACGCCUGGAUUGUUAUCUUCCAGGUGAUCACCCUGGAAGGCUGGGUAGAGAUCAUGUACUAUGUAAUGGAUGCUCACUCCUUCUACAACUUCAUCUACUUCAUCUUCCUCAUCAUCAUUGGCUCGUUCUUCAUGAUCAACCUGUGUCUGGUGGUCAUCGCCACCCAGUUCAGUGAGACCAAGCAGCGAGAGCACCAGCUGAUGCAGGAGCAGCGGGCCCAGUGCCUGUCCUCCUCUACCCUGGCCAGCCUGCAUGAACCGGGGGACUGCUACGAAGAGCUCUUCCAGCUGGUCUGCCACAUGCUGCGCAAGGCCCGCAGGAGGUCUGUAGCCCUGUAUAACCAACUGAGAGGAAGGCCUCUGCCACCACCGCCCACUAGAGGGAGAGGAAGAGGAGGAGGAAGAGGAGGAGGGAGUGCGAACGGAGGGGAAAGGCAUCACCUGAGGCAGCCACGCCAAUCUCCCUGUCCUCACCAAAGCAAGCUGGACCCAGUCCACAGCUCCCAACCCCUGGGCAACUCCAUCGCCCUGGCCGUCCCUCAAAACACAGAGGACUGCCCUCAGUGCGCUGCGGCACUGUCACUCAGGCAGGGGGCGGGAGCUGUGGGCGACUCGGCCAAUGGGGAGGAUGAGGAGGGGGCUGUGGAGGAGACGGACAGGGAGGAGAACCACUUGGAGGAGAAAGCGGAAGAGGGGGAGGGAGUGAAGAAGAAGAGGAAGAGGAGGUCGUGUUUUGGACACUGUAAGGACAUGUGGGAUGAGAUGAGGAAGAAACUUUGGGGCAUCGUGGAGAGCAAAUACUUCAAUAGAGGAAUCAUGAUCGCUAUUCUCAUCAAUACUAUCAGCAUGGGGAUAGAACAUCACAACCAGCCGGAGGAGCUGACUAACGUGUUGGAGAUCAGUAACAUUGUGUUCACCAGUAUGUUCACCCUGGAAAUGAUCCUCAAGCUGACCGCCUUUGGCUUCUUCGCCUACCUGAGGAACCCCUACAACAUCUUCGACGGCAUCAUCGUCAUCAUCAGUGUGUGUGAGAUCAUAGGUCAGUCUGAUGGAGGUCUGUCUGUCCUGAGGACCUUCAGACUGUUGAGGGUGAUCAAGCUGGUGCGCUUCAUGCCAGCGCUACGCAGACAGCUGGUGGUGCUGAUGAAGACCAUGGACAACGUGGCCACCUUCUGCAUGCUCCUCAUGCUUUUCAUAUUCAUCUUCAGUAUCCUGGGGAUGCACAUCUUUGGCUGUAAGUUCAGUCUGAAGACAGACACUGGAGACACUGUUCCUGACAGGAAGAACUUUGACUCUCUACUGUGGGCCAUUGUCACUGUGUUUCAGAUUCUGACUCAGGAAGACUGGAACAUGGUGCUGUAUAAUGGAAUGGCCUCCACCUCUCCCUGUGCUGCUCUCUACUUUGUGGCUCUAAUGACCUUUGGCAACUACGUCCUCUUCAACCUGCUGGUGGCCAUCUUGGUAGAGGGCUUUCAGGCUGAGGGGGCAUUGCCAAACCGGUCGUACUCCGAAGACGACAGGUCCUCAUGUAACUUUGACGAGAACUCUGACAAGCUGAAGGACUCUCUUCAUCUCUCUGACCCUAAGCUCUGCACCCUAACCCCAAACGGUCACCUGGACCUGUCCCCAACGCCCACGGGUCUGUACACGGCCGACAGGCUCACUUUCGCUCUGGGCUCACGCAAAAACAGUGUCAUCUCUCUGGGCAGGGCUAACCUGGAGGACAGGGUUAACCUGGAGGGCAGGGCUCUGUGUCGGGGGAGCAGCUCCCUGUACCACAACUGGGGCCGCCCUGCCUCCCAGACCCAGGCAAUGUGGGGCCGGCGGUCCCAGCUGGAACAGCCUGGGUCGCCCCUCCCGAGCCUUGGGCCUGGGAUUGGGGGUCCCGGGACCCCCCUGGCGUCAAUGCUGCCUUACCCCAGGAAGAAGAGCUUCUCCAGUGGGUUGGUUGGUGGAGGGCCUGGGGGGGAGCACCAGGACUGCAAUGGGAAGGCCCCAUCAGCCCAGCUCCAGCUUCAACUUCAGCUACCGCCACAUCCACAUCCACAUCCACAGCUACUGACAGAGGUGUUCCCUCAGGUCAACACACGCAAGGACAGAGAGGACCUGGACGAUGACAUCGACUAUAGUCUGUGUUUCCGUAUCCAGAAGAUGAUGGAGGUGUACAGGCCAGAGUGGUGUGAGACCAGAGAGGACUGGUCUGUCUUCCUCUUCUCUCCUCAGAACAGGUUCAGGCGGGUAUGCCAGUCCAUCAUAGCCUACAAGAUGUUUGACUAUGUGGUGCUAGCGUUCAUCUUCUCCAACUGCAUCACCGUGGCUCUGGAGAGACCCAAGAUCAUGCAGGGCAGCCUGGAAAGAGUCUUCCUAACCAUCUCCAACUACGUCUUCACAGCCAUCUUUGUAGCAGAGAUGACGCUCAAGGUGGUGUCUAUGGGCCUGUAUAUAGGGGAACAGGCAUAUCUGAAAAGCAGCUGGAACGUGUUGGACGGCUUCCUGGUCUUUGUGUCGUUGAUUGACAUUGUGGUGUCAAUGGCGGGCGGGGCUAAGAUUCUGGGUGUGCUGAGAGUUCUCAGAUUGCUCCGCACACUGCGCCCCCUCAGGGUGAUCAGUCGAGCCCCAGGUCUGAAGCUGGUAGUGGAGACUCUAAUAACGUCUCUGAAACCUAUAGGAAACAUUGUCCUUAUCUGCUGUGCUUUCUUCAUCAUAUUUGGUAUCCUGGGGGUGCAGCUGUUCAAAGGGAAGUUCUUCUACUGCUUUGGCCCCGACGUCAAGAACAUCACCAACAAGUCUGACUGUCUGCAGGCCAACUACAAAUGGGUUCAUCACAAGUACAACUUUGACAACCUGGGACAGGCUCUGAUGUCCCUGUUUGUGCUGGCUUCAAAGGACGGUUGGGUCAACAUCAUGUACCAUGGCCUGGAUGCUGUAGGGGUGGACCAACAGCCAGUGAUCAACAACAGUCCAUGGAUGCUCCUCUACUUCAUCUCCUUCCUCCUCAUCGUCAGUUUCUUCGUUCUGAACAUGUUUGUGGGCGUGGUAGUGGAGAACUUCCACAAGUGCCGUCAGAACCAGGAAGUGGAAGAGGAAAGGAGAGAGGAUAAACGACGGAGACGCAUGGAAAAGAAGAGGAGGGACGCCCAGAAGAUCCCCUACUAUGCCAGCUACAGCCCCCUCCCUGUGAUCCACACUCUGUGUACCACCUACUACCUGGACCUCUUCAUCACCUUCAUCAUCUGUAUCAACGUCAUCACCAUGUCACUGGAACACUACAGCCAGCCACGAUCUCUGGAUCUAGUGUUGAAGUACUGUAACUAUUUCUUCACAUCCACCUUUGUACUGGAGACCCUCCUGAAGCUCACCGCCUUUGGCUUCCGACGCUUCUUUAAAGACAGGUGGAAUCAGUUGGAUCUGGCCAUCGUGUUGCUGUCAGUGAUGGGCAUCACUCUGGAGGAGAUCGACUACAGCGCUUCUCUCCCCAAACCUACCAUCAUACGCAUCAUGAGGGUGUUGAGGAUCGCACGAGUUCUGAAGUUGCUGAAGAUGGCUAAAGGAAUGAGAGCUCUGCUGGAUACGGUGGUCCAAGCCCUACCACAGGUGGGGAACCUGGGCCUGCUCUUCAUGCUCCUGUUCUUCAUCUAUGCAGCACUGGGGGUUGAGCUGUUUGGAGAACUGGUGUGUAACGAGGACUACCCAUGUGAGGGGAUGAGCCGCCAUGCUACCUUUGAGAACUUUGGCAUGGCCUUCCUCACUCUGUUCCAGGUCUCCACAGGGGACAACUGGAAUGGGAUCAUGAAGGACACGUUGAGGGAGUGCCCUCCGGACUACGGCCCUGACUACUCCUGCAACCCCAGCCUGCAGUUCAUCUCUCCCAUGUACUUUGUGUCCUUUGUGUUGACGGCCCAGUUCGUCCUGAUUAACGUGGUGGUGGCGGUGUUGAUGAAGCACCUGGACGACUCCAAUAAGGAGGCCAAGGAGGAGGCGGAGAUGGACGCUGAGAUUGAGCUGGAGCUGGCCACGGGGGCCCUAUGCUGCAUGGGGCCGGAGGGAGUCUGUGCAGGAGGGAAAAAAGGUGGAGGAGCAGGGGGAGGUGGAGGGGGAGUUGGAGGAGGAGUGGAUAGGGGGAUGGGAGUCCCAGGCAGUUCCUCCGGGGGGAAUAUGCAUCAUCACGUGGCAACGACGCAUCCAGGAACACUGCAAGAUCCGAACAAUCGUGAUCCCUACUCUCCUGCACAGGAGAGUCAGUGGCUGGACAGUGUGUCUCUGCUGAUUAAGGACUCAUUUGAAGGAGAGAUGCUGAUGAUUGACAACCUCUCUGGAUCUGUCUUCCAUCACUACUCUUCUACCUCUUCUCCUGUCUGGAAGGACUGUAAGAGCCACCCACAACUAGAGCAGAUCCGGCUGGCAGAGAUAGAGCAGGCAUCUCUGAGGUCAGACCAAAUGUCAGACAAGUCGUCGUCUCCGGCCCUACCUGAUGACCUCAGCCUGGACGACCAGAGUGUCCACCAGCUGCUGGUGCGGGAGGGAAAGGAGGAGAGGGGCAGUGACUCCCAGGGCUUAGAGGAGGCUGGCGGAGGAGGGGACUCCUUGACCCAGGCCCAGACAGGGGGGUCGAGGCACUGCAGGGCCCACAGUUCAGUAGCCGAGGAGGGGGCUCCACUCCUGGUGGAGGUUGGGGUCCAUCAGAGACACAAGACCCCAUCCCACCACAGCCCUGGUGGCACCUCCUGCAGUAGCACUAAGGCAGGAGAAGGAUCAGAUGAGGGAGGAAGAGGAGGAGGAAGAGUAGGAGUGGCCAGUGCCUCUGGUUCUCCUGCUCUUAUCCGUCUGCCAGCGGAGUUCUUCCACCCCGUGGCAGCAGCGGCCCUGCCGGCGCCCCCCAGGGCCAGAGUAGGGCGCCCCUCACGGGGCCUCAGACUCACCUCCCCGGCCUCCUGGUCCUCCCUGCGCUCCCAAGGAGCCCACAGCCGGGUGCUCUGCACGCAGUACCCGUCCCAUAGUGACUCGUCUCUGGCCAAGGGGAGCUCCGAUGGCAGCCUCCAGACCACCCUAGAGGAAGGACUCAGCUUCAGUGUUCCGCCCCCUCAAGACCUGGUGUCCCCCCUCCCUCCUCUCCCCCUGCUCUGCCCCCCGCUCCCUGAGGACCCCACCAGCUGCCCAGCAGGCCAGACUCUGAGACCGCGGCCCAGCCCCUCGUCAGGCCCUGCCCUCACCCUCCAGGCCACUCGGGGCCACCAGCGGAGCCAGAGCAGCGGCAGGGGUAGCAUCAGCCCCGGCUACACCCGGGAAGACUCCAUGGACCCCGUUCCAUGUGACCUGGAGGACCUGGGCAUCGGGAUCAGUUUGUCUAUCGGGGGGUGUGGCUCCAGCCAGGCGGGCAACAGCGAACACUUGUCGGAGACGCUAAGCAGUCUGUCGCUCACAUCGUUGCUCUCGCCCGCCUCCCUGGCACCCUCGGGGGUGAAGAAAUGCAACAGCACUGGGAGCUUGAAUCAGGGGGCGAGGAGGGGGGAGGGGAGACAGAUCCUAGGGUUGGAGUUGGACCACCAGGGCUUCCUGGCCAACCCUUGGGGAGAGAGUGGGGGAGGCAGAGGAGAGGAGGGACAGUUGGGAGAGGCGCCGGACCUCAAGGGGAAAAGCUCAAGCCAAACAACAGUAGGGUCCUGUAGUAAAAACAGAUGAAGCCUGAAUCCCUUGUUGUCUACUACCGCUCCUAUUAGGAUUCAUCAACCCCUUACUGUUCCUCUCCGUCCCCCUCAGGCAGAGAGAAGUUUGACGUUUUUGACAACGUGUGAUGUAAUCCCGUGAAUUCCUAUAACCAAACCCCUCCCUCUCGCUCUAUAAAUAUUUGUUUAUGACCCCCCCUGUCCCAUUUUGUGCUACUCUGUGGCAGUGGUUCAGGUGUGGAGGGUCAGAGGUCAAACGGUGGAAGGUUAAAGGGGAUUACAGGUGUGACCCCUGUGGUGGGGGGCUGGGAUGGACCCCCCAUCAUACCCCUGUGGAGGAGAAGGACCCCCAGAGGAGGAGACAGACCAGGAGGGCUGCAUCAUCAUAUCAGGGAGAUAUACAUAGAAGACGUAGCCAGAGACAAGCUGAGACAGAGAUCUAACGAGAACAUUUUGUCUGAACGUCGUUCCUGUUUUCCUGUUUGUUUUCAUUUUUUGUUUGGCUUCACAGAAGUUUAAAAUGCAAAAAUAGAAUAUCUAACAAAACUGAGCUGAUCAAGCCAACAGAUUUGAUUUAUUUUUCAGUGUGGCUGUAAAUCACAGUGUAGGAGGAGGCUGUAUGUACGUUGCAGUGUAGGAUGAGCCUGAAUGUACGUCACGGUGUAGGAGGGCUGAAGCCAGAUCUGUUGUGGUAGACGGAGGCUACAGGUCCUUGUGUGUGGAGUGGAAGAGGGGUGAGGAGGUCUAGGUUGAACAGAGGUAGUGUAGAGGUCACCUGAGAAGGAGUUGUUAUAGUGGAAGAGCUGAGACUUAGGUAGCAAAAGCAUGCGUUAACUUAUCAUCACCAUCACCUAACCCCUUCCCUCCAUCGGUACUUUUCAGGAAGGUGUGUGUGUGUGUGUGUGUGUGUGUGUGUGUGUGUGUGUGUGUGUGUGUGUGUGUGUGUGUGUGUGUGUGUGUGUGUGUGUGUGUGUGUGUGUGUGUGUGUGUCUAUGUGAUAGUACAACAGGAAAAAGAGAGACAGAGAGAUAGAGACCAUACUAAGAUCCCACUCAUGCAUGCAACAGUUUGUGAAAUAGGCUCUUUUAUCCCAACGUCACUCACUCAGAGAGAAGGACAGGGAGUGAAUGAGAGAGACAGGUCAGCCUGCUAUAUUCACUCACAGUAGCAAAUUCUCUCUGUCAAAGACACUGACCCUCCUGUGACAAACAACCUGAUGAGACGAGACGAGCACCAUUCACUCUGGGAGAUGAAAAACUCACACCUGCAUACAGUUGCUUCACAAUGGAAGGUGUGUGAAAUUCAAACCUGUCACUUCUUUCUCUUUGUCACUUUGCCAAAGUAAGAAAGGAAGAAUAUAUCAGAGAUAUGAAUUCCAGACCAAUAGAACCUCCUAGAAGAUGGAGGCAGUUUGCCUGCAUGAUGGAAUUAUUGCAUUUUACCCAAGAGUUUUAAUAUAUAUACCGAAGUGUAUCAAGAUGUCAAUGUUGGGAUGAUAAUUAUAAAGUGGUUUCUAUUCCAAUAUUUUUUUAGAAUACAGAAUAGGAGCGUGACAGUGUUGUCAUGACUUUGUCCUUAACCUAUACCUUACCCGUACGAUUUCUCGUAUAACUUAUUGUCGAAAACCAUUUGUCUGCAAGUGGCUUUCAGUUUUAUAAUGUGGGGUUAAAAAUAUAUACUUUUUAUUAUUAAAAGUGUGUGGAGAGAACAACCAAGCAAAAAAAAUGUAAAUAAGCUCUGUGUGCUGAAGAAAAAGUUCCCUUGGGGACACGUAACUUUGGGAAUUUCGGUUCCUCCUGGAAUUUUGAAUUUUGGAAUCCCAAAUGAAGACCAAAGGAGGGAAGGGCCAUAAUUUCACAGAACAGGAGAACAUUUCCUAAUCACAGACAUUCCCGGGACGAACAGGGAACGUUGUCGCUUAGCUUAGCCUCCUAUGCUAACACCAAGAUGAAAAAACAUUGCUGAUCUUUUUGAAAGCUUUAAUUUGAGUGUCAUACCAAUACAUGAUGACACAUCUAAUUAUUGACACAUCAAUGUUCCUUAGCAUGGUUAUGGGAUUGCAAUAGGAUGCUUCUCCUUGUUUAAAAGAUACGCAAUUCACUCACCCCCUCUAUCUCUCUCUCUAACACACAUCUGUAGUAGCAAACCCUAGUUUUGAUAUCAAGCUGUCACUGUAACGAUGAAUAAACAUUGCAUCUUUUCCCAACCUUUUGGUAUGCCACUCAGUACAUCUGAGAUGAAGUGGCCAUCUUAGCCUGACCUAGAAUACACUUUUGGAUCCCUGGUGGGUUUUUUGGGGGGGGAGGGUUCUCAUUGAGGUGAUGAGCAAAGUUCGGUUUGACCUGUUUAAUGAACUUCAUUGACAUUUAAUUGAAUCACUGGUGAUUGUCUUUAACAUGUUUGUAACAUGUGGGAUAUCAGUGAGUGAUUAUUGCUAUGGGUUGUCUGUUACUAUAACUUCAGGAGAUGCCACUUUAUUAUUAUAGUCCACACCUGGACCGUCUUGGUUAAUGGUGGUGGGAAUAGGUAGAAGUUGCCCCUAACCACUGAUACAAGGUCAGAUAUUAGUUCAUCCCCUUAAUCUUUAAGGUUAGAAUAAAGGGUUGGGUAAUCUGAUUCUAGAUCUGUGGUUAGGGGCGACCUCAACAUCCAGGUGUAAAACAUGAGCGUGUGGGUUGACAGGAACCAUAACGUGACCUUGAAGGGCUGUUUUAGCUUCAAAGAUGUUCUCAUAAAUGACCAGAUAAAUCUCUAAGUCAAUGAAUAUGGCAUCAAAGGUAAGCCCAACGGCACAGCAAUAAAUGUUCUUAUGUGUUUGCCCUGA